GCGCCCAACCACCACCAGCGAACAAAAUCACAGAGCGCUUGCGAAAGCCCAAACAACAGCAGCAGCAGCAGCACAACACACGUGGAUUGGCUUUGGCUUUGGCUUUGGCAGACCUUGUGCCCCCCACCAAGCACGAAGCACCACCGUCAUCACCACCAUCACCAUUGUUGUCAAACAACGCCCACGCCACACGUCGUCCACGCCGCAUCUCAGAACAUUAGUGCAGCUCUCCUGUUUCUCCUCUCGCUGACCAGUCACCUGCUUCACUAGAUAGCUCGCAGCCCUGCACCGACACACGACGGCAACAACUACAACCAACCCCGCGUUUUAAUCAACCAACAACCACAACAAUGGCAACAGGCAACGUCAGAGUUCUCAGCGGCACGGAGAACGCCCACCUGGCAAAGGCCAUCUGCGACCGCCUUGGUCUGGAUCUGGAGCCAACCACCGUGAAGAAGUUUGCCAACGGCGAGACUGCAGUUGAAAUUGGCGUCUCUGUGCGUGGCGAGGAUGUGUUCAUCGUCGGCUGCGGCUCUGGCGCCGUCAACGACAACCUCAUGGAGCUCCUCAUCAUGAUCAGUGCCUGCAAGUACGCAUCUGCCCAACGCAUCACCGCCAUCCUUCCCAUCUACCCAUACGCCCGCCAGGACAAGAAGGACAAGUCGCGUGCCCCGAUCACCGCCAAGCUCGUUGCCAACAUGCUCACCAUCGCUGGCGCAGACCACAUCAUCACCAUGGACCUCCACGCCUCCCAAAUCCAGGGCUUCUUUGACCUGCCGGUCGACAACCUGUAUGCAGAGCCCGCCAUCAUCAAGCACAUCCGCGAGAACAGCAUGAACAUCGACGAUGUCGUCAUCGUCUCCCCAGACGCAGGCGGCGCAAAGCGCGUGACCUCCAUUGCCGACCAACUCAACGCCGGCUUUGCCAUCAUCCACAAGGAGCGCAAGAAAGCCAACGAGGUUGCAAGCAUGACGCUUGUUGGUGAUGUGAUGGAGAAGGAGUGCAUUGUUGUGGACGACAUUGCGGACACAUGCGGCACACUUGUCAAGGCCGCAGACAAGUUGCUUGAGCACGGGGCGUCGCGUGUGAUUGCUAUUGUGACGCACGGCCUCUUUUCGCGUGAUGCAAUCGAGAAGAUCAACGCCUCCCGUAUCCAUUCCGUCGUGAUUACCAACACGUGCCCGAACGAGGACAAGAUCCGGCGGUGCGAGAAGAUCCAGGUGAUCAACGUCGCGCCCAUCUUUGCUGAGGCCGUUCGCCGCACACACAACGGCGAGAGCGUCUCCUACCUCUUCCGCCACGUCCCAUUCUGAACACAGGGCGCCCCUAGAUUAGGCGGGGGGUGUGCUUGCCUGCCCGCCCCCCCUCACCGUACCAGCGCGGCGUGUCUUUGUUGCGCUGCUUGCGUUGUUGCAUCCACACGUGGCGCCAUUUGCCUCCGUCGUGCUUGCCCGUUGCUCUUCCUUCUCCUCCUGUCCUUUCCUUCAUCUCCCGUCCUUUCCUCCUCACCUCUCCCCUCUGUUGCCCUCUCACACCUUUUAUUUCCACUCUUCUAUUUCCCUCCUUCACACACGUUUGCGCUCGUGUGCUGCUGUCCCUAGUGCCCAUCCUCGCCGUUCCUGUCGUCUGUCGCCACUGUUCAUAUGUGCCCUUGCGAUGGGUGAGCCCUUGUGCUCCCCUUGUUCUUUUGGUUCGUGUCCCUGUCUGGUGUCCUGUUGCCCCAAACAAUACACACACGCCCAUUUCUCC